AACUUGACAUCGCUGACCUUUGGUCACUUUUUCAAUCAGGUGAUAGAUGUUGGAUGCCUCCCUCAAUCAAUUGAGACACUUCACUUUGGUGACAGCUUCAAUCAACCUUUGAACAAACAUGUACUGCCUCGCGCACUAAAGUCUCUGUACUUUGGCGUCGCCUUCAAUAAUGAUGUUAUGCAUCUUCCAAAUGACUGUAAUGCCGAACAAACUAUCAUCCCUGGCCUGAUGCCCUCGUCACUCACCUUCCUCAGACUCGGGGCAAGCUUUGACCGUCCAUUGACAGUUGGUGCCUUGCCAUUCGGCCUCACAUCACUGUCGUUUGGAUACUGUUUCAAUCAAGUACUGAUACCUGGAUCACUACCAGACAGCAUCACAGACCUAUUAAUGGGCAAUAGUUUCAACACAAUCAUUCAGCCAGGAUGUCUUCCGCAAUCACUCCUGACCCUUACGUUUGGUUAUCAAUUCGAUCGCGAACUGGAGAUUGGAGUACUACCUCAAUCAAUCACUCAUAUAUCUUUUGGAUGUUGUUAUAAUCGAUACAUUGGUCCAGGUGUAAUCCCAUCAUUGGCGCUGAGGUCCUUGAAGAUGGGACAUGAAUUCAAUCGUGAGUUGACUCCAGGCACGCUCCCAACCACCUUGACCAAGUUGUCGCUCAUCCAGUACGACACACAACUUGUGCCAGGCUCAUUGCCAUCAUCACUUACAUGUCUGGACCUGGGCAAUUGUUUUGACAAGCCGUUCACACGAGGACUGCUGCCCGACUCCAUCACCAAGCUCAUCUUACCAAGUGCCUACAAUCAAUCAUUUCUACCUGGUGCACUACCAUCAUCACUUCUCAAACUAAGGAUUGGACGAGUGUUCAAUCAAAUGAUCAUGCCAGGUGCCUUGCCUCAGUCGCUCACAUGUUUGAUCUUUGGACGAAACUUCAACAUGAUGAUGCCGCCCGGCGUGCUACCACCGUCACUCACCGACCUCAGACUUGGAGAACAGUACAACAUGAUACUGGGCAAGGAUGUACUACCCAAUGGAUUGAAGAGUCUGACUGUGUUUGACAAGUUCUAUCGUACAUGUUCGGCGGGACCACUGGGCAGACUGCUAAAGGGCAAGCAUGUACUACCAACAUCACUUUGCAACAUCACCUUGACAACACAUACAACACCAGAUGAUACAAUACCAGAUAUAACCAAGAGUUUCCUACCAUUCAUCCAUCAAUUUUUAAAGACAAUAUGCUGUUCACAACAUCUACGAACCAACAAUAUCAAUAACUUUAGGAUUAUCUACUCUUAUGAGUAUAUAAAAUCUGGUGCACUAUACAUUGAACUUAGAAGGAUUGGACCUGUACCUGAACAUGGACAUGGAACAUUCAUCUGCAAGUUUGGAUGUUACAAGAUUCCCCAACAACGUCAUUUCAGCAAAUGGCGACCCCUGAUCAUU